UUCCCUGAAGAAACAUGGGGGAAGCGGAGAUUGUGCCAUCCGAAGAGAAACAAGCAGAAACGGGCAUCUGUACCGCCGAAGAAUCAAUAGUAUGGAGUCAAGAAGUAGAAGUGUGUCUUUUUCACGCCAUGCUGGGCCACAAACCUGUAGGAGUGAAUCGUCAUUUCCACAUGAUCUGUAUUCGUGAUAAGUUCAGUCAGAACAUCGGCAGGCAGGUGUCAUCUAAAGUCAUCUGGGAUCACCUCAGCACCAUGUAUGACAUGCAAGCGCUGCACGAAUCAGAAAUACUCCCUUUUCCAAACUCUGAAAAGAGCUUUGUGCUGCCUGAAGAGAUCAUACAAGAUGUCAAAGAAGGUAAAGUGGGAUCUGAGGAUGAUGUGAAAGAGGAAUUCAAAGAAGAGAGUGACCCUCCUGCUACCCAUGAAGAAGGUCUGGGUCCCAGUACGGCUUGCCAGGAUUUUGCGAGGUAUCCGGUACGCUCCUGCUCGAUCAGGUGCGGCCUGUGGUGCGUCAGGGACCCGGACCAAUGUCUCCACCUUCAUCGUUGUGCAUCGGUCCAGAAUUUACUGAAUGCAGGCAUGGGCAUAUUCCAGGACGUCAGUGCAAAGAUUCAUCAGGCUCAAAUUGUGAAAGUGUGGUUCAGGGAGCAUGUGGAAUCAUUUUCACACAUGAACUGGCCACCACAGAGUCCUGACCUUAACCCCAUUGAAAGUCUGGGAUGUGCUGGAGAAGACUUUACAGAGUGGUUCGACUCAAUACUGCCUUUAGCUUUGUUUACGGCACACAUUCGUCGUGGCAUUGUUUCGACUUAUUUAUUUUUUUUGGCCAGGCAGUGUAUACACGUUGAUAGGUGGUAUUUCAAACAUUAUUGAUUAAAAUUUUUGGUUUAUUUUUUUGUAUUAUAUUAAUUUUAAGUAAAUUAAAUUAAACUUAACAUGUCAAGGUGCCAUGACUUAAAAUAUGCCAUCAUUGUAACAAUUAUCUGUUUAGAUAAAGUACAGUAAUCUAAAGAAGAUCUCUUAAAUUUCUUGAAACUUAAAGGGACAGUUCACCCAAAAAUGAAAAUUCUCUCAUCAUUUACUCACCCUUCAUGCCAUCCCAGAUGUGUAUGACUUUCUUUCAUCUGCUGAACAUAAAUUAAGAUUUUUGAAGAAUACCUCAGCUCUGUAGGUCAUUUAAAUGCAAGUGAAUAUCAGAAGGUCCAAACAACAGAUUAACGUUAAAGUAAUCCACUCCAGUAGUUUAAUCCAUGUCUUUUGAUGCGAUCCAGUUGGUUUUGGGUGAGAACUUCUUUUUCAUCUUGUCAUUGCAGUCUCUAGUCACAAUCAUGAUUUCAAGCUCGAUUACACUUCCUAGUGCUUGAAGAAUGCGCAGAGCGCUAGAUGGCACUAUAAGAAGUGUAAACGAGCUUGAAAUCAUGAUUGCCAAGGAGACUGCUGUCAAGAUUUAUAGUGAAAAAAUAGUUACAUUUCGGUCUGUUCUCACCCAAAACUGAUUGGAUCGCUUCAGAUUACAUUGAUUAACCUACUGGAGUCUCAUGGAUUAUUUUUAUUAUGCCUUUUAUGUGCUUUUUGGAGCUUCAAAGUUCUGGUCACCAUUCACUUGCAUUGAAUGGACCUACAGAGCUGAAAUAUUCUUCUAAAAAUCUUCAUUUGUGUUUUGCAGAAGACAGAAAGUCAUAUACAUCUGGGAUGGCAUAAGGGUGGGUAAAUGAUGGGAGAAUUUUCUUUUUUGGGUGAACUAUCCCUUUAAGAUAUUUCUUAAAAUGUCUUAAAACUUAGAGUCCUGUGACAGUUGCAUCAUUUCAAAAUCAAAUUGCAUCAAACGGAAUGUAUUGUUAAAAAUUAAACAACAUUGGUGAUAUUAUUUUCUUUAGAUUUCAUAUUAAAUUAAAUUGCAUUACUUUUUAAUUCUACUUUGUUGUUCAGUUUCGAAUUGCAGUUCUAUUGUAUUCCAGGUACUGAAUUGUAAUUGAAUUGCCAUUCUUAACUCAGUUCUGAAUAGGGUUGCGGAAAAUUUCCGGUAAAUUUCCGGAAACUUUCCAGAAACUUUUCAUGGGAAGUUAAGCUGGGAAAUUUUGGAAAUAUUGGAAAACUUUGGGCACUUGGCUAUAUGCUGCUGCAUCUUUGUGGCAUUCUUAACAUAGGUAUUUGCACAGUACUUGCAAAUGUACACAGCCUUCUACAUUGGCUGAGGUGAAAUGUAUCCACACAUCAGAUGGCGCACGUGGCAUUAAACACUAAUGCAAUGCCAUGCACAGAUAUAUAAAUAGUUAGCUAAACAAUUGGAAUAUUCUGGAAUGGUAAAAAUAUUUUACAAUUGAUGCUGGACAAAUGAAUAGAAAUAGGCUAGAUGAAUAGAUGAACACUCCUCUAUCAACAUGCUAAAUCAAACUAUAACUUACGUUCUUGUAUGAUAAGAGAAAACUGGCUAGCAGAAGGCAGAAGAAACAGCAUUACAGUUGAGCUAGCUAGCACCAUGAUAGCUAGCCUCUUAAAUUGUCAAUGAAAUGGUGUUAGCUAGCUUACAUUUAGCAUAUCUGAUUUACUGGCUUGCUAGCUACUGUAUAAACACAUUUUGAUUUAGUAUUUGCUAGUUAAACUUUAAUACCAUAGAUAAAAUACAUUUACCCUAGUAAUAUCAUCAAACCUUACUUGACUGGAUGUAGUCCUUGGGCUCAAAUGCAGUAGUGUGGCUUCAGUAGUCCUGCUGUAGUAAGUAGCCUGCAGUAAGUAGUGUGCUGUGUGCGUGUGAUUGAGGAAUGCGCAGGGUAGAAAUUCAACUGAAUUUGCGUUAAAUCUGGUUGUUUUCACAAAGAUUAUGCUGCAAGAUGUUUUUUUUUUUUCAACUACAUUUAAGUCCCCUGUUAUAGGCUAACUUGCAAUUUUGCAAAUUUCCAGUUUAUUCCCAUUAAUUCCCGUUAAUUCCCAUGGAAAGUUUCCAACUUUGAAAAUACCCGGAAUUUUGCAACCCUAGUUCUGAAUGGAGCACAUCCCUGGUUCAUGGCUUGUGUGAAAUCAGUUAUGAAAUAACUUGAAAGGGAAUCAUUAGGUGAUAUUGCAACCUAAAAAUUAGCAUUAAAGUUUAAUAUAGUCAAGGAUUUGUCAAAAGUGCCUUGUCUUGUGACAGUAUUGUAUGUGAGAAAUCAGUAAAUUUUGGAGCAGUGUGUCCUGAGCUUUCAGUAUAUCUGAUGUGUUUGGGGUUCCAAAACAUCUACUGAUUCUCUUGUAUCCCCAAGUACACAAAUGGUGCUGUCAUUUUGAAACUCCUGUAAAGUCAGUCUGUAAAACUUGUCCUUUCUCUGAGCAAUUGUUACUGGAAGGAUAUAUGAUAGGAUAUGGUGAUUUUGUUUGGUGGAAUAUCUCUCUCUUUGUCUAAAAAAAAAAAGAUAAACUGCAAAUAUCAUAGGUUUGCAGUUAUGUCAUGAUGGAAAUAAGUUGGCUAAUUUCUUCAGUAAUGAUAUGUAACUGUUCUGUUCUUUGUGUUCCCUUAUCCCACCCUUCUUUUUCAUUUCCUCCCUCCCUCUCCCU